UUGGGUUUAUGCUCUCCUAUUGGCUGUUGGCACGGCGGCGGUUUGGAGUGAGGGUAGCAGUUGAGCUGAAGGCGGUACGGAGUGCCGCGGCCCAGGGUUGUUGUCUAGCCCAGUGUCUGGUUGGAAUCCGGGGCCUGGCUAGGUGUGGAUCCCCCGGGGAAUGGAUCGUGUAUGGAGUGCUUGGUGCGGGAAGUGCGUCAAAGAGAAAGGGUCGUCGCCGCUCUGGGCCCAGCGCAUCGUGGUCGCCUGGCUCAGUAGGGCCGAAUGGGAUCAGGUGACGGUGUAUCUGUUCUGUGAUGACCAUAAAUUGCAGCGGUACGCGCUGAACCGCAUCACCGUGUGGAGGAGUAGGUUAGGCAACGAACUCCCCCUGGCAGUGGCUUCUACUGCUGACCUCGUGCGCUGUAAGCUCAUGGAUGUAACUGGUGGCUUGGGCACUGAUGAACUUAGACUGCUCUAUGGCAUGGCGUUGGUAAGGUUUGUGAAUCUGAUCUCGGAGAGGAAGACAAAGUUUGUCAAACUGCCCCUCAAGUUCUUGGCUCAGGAGGUGAACAUUCCAGAUUGGAUUGUUGAACUCCGCCAUGAGUUGACCCACAAGAAAAUGCCCCAUAUAAAUGACUGCCGCAGAGGCUGCUACUUUGUCCUGGAUUGGCUCCAGAAGACUUAUUGGUCCCGCCAACUGGAGAACAGCCUGAGAGAGACUUGGGAGUUGGAGGAGGACAGGGAAGAGACAGAUGAAGAAGAUCAAGACGAAGAUAAGAACAUUGUUGUUGAUGACAUCACAGAACAGAGAUCAGAGCCUGAGGAUGAGGGGAAAGAUGCAGAGCAGGACGGCAGGGCUGAUGGAGACAGCAAAGGCAACAAAGAGGUUGAUUCGCAUUGGGAAAAGUCUCUGAGACAUAAAGAGCUAUAUGAAAGAGCCCGAGAACUGCUGGUAUCAUAUGAAGAGGAGCAUUUUAAGGUGCUGGAAAAAUUUAGGCAUUUACCUCAGGCCAUUAAGGCGUGGAAUAACCUGUCCCCACCUGUAGAAUGCAUCCUGGCAGAGCUCAAGGGCAUUACAUGGGAGAACAGGGAGGCUGUGCUGGAUGCUUUUCUGGAUGACGGCUUUCUUAUCCCCACGUUUGAGCAGUUGGCAGCUUUGCAGAUAGACUAUGAAGAUGGGCAGACUGAGGUCCAGAGAGGGGAAGGUACUGAUCCAAAGUCAAACAAAAACCUGGACUUGAAUGACAUCCUGGUGCCAAAGCCAUUCUCUCAAUUCUGGCAGCCCCUGCUCAGGGGCCUGCAUUCCCAGACCUUCACGCAGGCCCUGCUGGAGAGGAUGCUCUCCGAGCUGCCAGCUUUGGGGGACAGCGGGAUCCGGCCCACCUACAUCCUAAGAUGGACCAUUGAACUGAUCGUGGCUAACACCAAGACUGUAAGCAAUGCCCGCCGAUUUUCUGCAAACCAGUGGGAAGCAAGAAGGAGCUGGAGGCUAUUCAACUGCUCUGCCUCCCUUGACUGGCCUCGGGUGGUUGAGUCCUGCGUGGGCUCACCUUGCUGGGCCAGCCCUCAACUGCUUCAGCUCAUCUUCAAAGCCAUGGGGCAGGUCCUACCAGAUGAGGAGCAGAAGAAGCUGCUGCACAUAUGUUCCAUUUAUACCCAGAGUGGAGAAAACAGCCUGGUACAGGAGGUCUCAGAGGCCUCUCCCAUUGGGAAGUCUCCAUAUACACUGAACAGCCUGUAUUGGAACCUCAAACCAAUGGGUACCAGCUCUGGGCCUGAAGAAGCCCAGCAGCAGGAGAAGCAGGUCAGCCUCAAUGAUGUCAAAGAAGAUGAAAAGGAGGAGAAAGGGAUCUCACAAGACCACGUGGAGGAGGAGGAAGAGGAAAAUGGUGACGCAGAGAAGUGGGAGGAAGAUGAUGAUGAAGAUGAGGAGGAGGAGGAGGAUGAAGAUGAGGAGGACGAUGAAGACAGAAUGGAGUCGUCCCUCUGUGGCUGGCUCUUGAAGCUUCCCUAUACUCUAGAGAAGAGAUGGAAGGUAGCAGGAGGUAGCCAGUGCGAGGCAAGCUUGGGAGGCAGCCUGGUGUUUAGAUGACAGUUGGCUUCCCUUCUUCAGGAUGGAGUGUGUAAGUACCAGGGCCCGUGGAACUGUUAAUGCAGCCAGCUGCUGCUUGUAGGGAGCACAUUCAGAAGGGAUGAAUUGGGUAUGGGUACUAAGUAGCAAAACAGAAUAGAAAGCAAGAGGAUAGGGGGCGGAUAUAUGUGUGAUUCUGCAUGUGUUUUUUGCAUACAGUGAUCCAGGAGCAGGAAGACAACAAAGAGUGCUUUCUAUGUAUAUGUGAAUGCGCAUGUAUGCAUGCGGGCUGGGUGGUGAUACGGCAUGAUUUUGCUGUGUGUGUGAGAGGGAACCCAGGGGUAUUAAGUCAGAGGAAGUAGAAAUGAGAUCAGAGUGACAAUAAGGAGUGAUGUGGUUUUUAGGUGAGCAUAUAAAUUAGACAAAACUGGGAGGGGGCAGAGAGGGUUGGGUGGUAAUAAGGUGGGGGAAGAUUAAUCUGCUCCUCCUGAGGGUGGUCUUUUGAGUGCCUUCGUUUAAGUUAGGGAGUGAGAACCUUAAGACAGUAAGACCGUGAAGGAUGAACCAUCUGGUUGCUGUGUGUUGUGUGGUCAUGUGUAUAUGCGUACACACUGGAGGCCGGGCAGAUAGAUAUGGGGCCACAGCCUGUGUGAUGGAGCCUGAGGGAGGGAGGGAAAACAGCUGGUACUGGGUGUGUUGUUGGGUGGGUGUGGUCAGGAACAAUAAAGGGUGGGGGCAAUGAGGGAAAGGUGGAGACUUUGUCCUUGUCUGGACAUGUGUGUGGAGGGGCUGGGGCAUAAAGACCCCACAGGUUAAGGAUGGGGGAACAUGUUUACAUCUGAAUGUGUGUGUGCCUGCAUGUGCUAGACAAUCCAAGGCACAAUAACAGAACUCUCUUAGGACAAGGGCAGCUGUGUUUUGGGGUUGU